UUUAAAUGUUGGAAACAUGCAAAGAAGCCAGUAAGAGGAGCACAUUUCAAGAAAUACAGGUAAGAGAUUCGAUUUUUUUCCCCCACAGUAAAUGCAAAAAAUAUCCAGAGGAAGACGUUAUUAAGGUUAUACUUUUUUUUUUUUCUGCAUGUUUUAAUUAUGUCUUUGUUUAUAUGGCUUUUUUCUUUUUGUCUAUUUAAUGAAUUCGUUUUUCUUUUUUAGGAUGCGUAACAUUCUGGCCCUUCUCUGCGUCUUUCUUAUGGCAGCUCAUCAGAGCACUAGUCUUCUCACAAAGGGAGAAUCCAUCAGAAACACCAUACACAACAUUGCAAACAUUGCUCAGAUAACCCUUGUCCACAUUAAGAAACUAAAGUUGCUGGCUUCACCGAUAGGUUUUCCCCCUGCUUCCAUUGUAGGACUAAGUAAUAUAAGCCAUGAGCUUGGAGUUUUGGAUAAUGAACUGCAGCAGCACCCUUUCCUCAUCCAGAUUCAGGCUGAUGUUUCCAGCUUGGAAGGAAGGGUGCGCUCCCUCGCCUUAUCAAUGGAGUGUCCCCUUAAGCCCAAACCAGCAGUACAGAUGGAUGAGAGUGUGUUCCCAGACAGCCACCUUUACAUGACAGUGACAAAGGUGCAGCACUACCUAGAGGAACUUCUUCUCAACAAGGGCAAACUCAAGCUCUGCUAACAAAUUUAAGCUUGAUGCAUAUAUAGUAAGGCAGGACUUGCUAUAUAUAUCGGGACAAAUAACCCAGUGUAGGCAAAGGUUAAUUUGUCUUUGUGAUGCAUAUUUUCUAUACAUAGAAUUACUACGUGGACAACUGUCAGUCGUUAAAAGCAUGCAAUUAAUUCCAAUAAUUCAGCGAUUUGCAAUAUAAUGAAAAAACCUAUAAAGGGCAUCUUUUAUUUCAUACAACAAAUGUUUUAUAGGGUUU